CUCUCCAAAUUCACCGCCAAAGCCAACCCCGUCUCCAGGACCUGAUCCGGUUCCGCGCUCCCCUUUCAAAUCAACGUCCCGAGAUCCUGCGUGUGGGUGUCUGUGGGCGGCAUGGCCCACUCUGACUCGGAUUCGGCCCGCACUUCGGGCCCGCCUCAAUCCCAUGGGACUGGCGCCACUUCUUCCGGCAGCGAAGCUGAAGGCCACUCGCCGGCCAUAGCGCCCACCCCUUCCUCCCCGCCAACCUCCCGCCCUUCUUCGCCACGAUGGGUGACGCUCACGCCGCCAGCCGGGCGCCCCUCCCACGGUUCAGCCGGCUCGGGUUCGUCCUCCAGCGGCGAAGACAGCGAAAUCGAAGCCAUGAAAACGGAUUUGAUGACGAGGAGCCAGGGGCGGGAGGUGGGUGUGGCUGAAAAGGCUGCCCAGAGUCGUCGGCGGAUGGCCUCGUCCAGUUCGGAUGAAGGCGUCAUCGAGGAUCAACCCUUAUUGGGGGCCGUGAAAGCCGGCUCCAAGGUAGUGGCCUCGUCCAGUUCGGAUGAAGGCGUGCAGGAUCCCUUGCCAUUGGUGGAGAAUGGACGAGGAGCCGCCCAUUCCGACCAUGAACGCGGUUGGGCGGUCAAGCAGAAGUCCGGGCGGGGCCGGGGCUCGACCCAUGCGCGUGUCACGGGGGAUUCCAGCUCGGAUGAGGAGCGCGAUUCCGCGGUUAGGGAUAAAAAGGGACGUCGACGGGGUCCGGCGAAAGCGCGGACACGACGCAGCGGGGCCACCCGUCCUGAUGAUCCUAUGAUGGAGAUUCGAUCGGAAUCCAAUCGACUUCUCCGGGAGUCCCACAUGGAUUUGCCCUAUCAUCGACCCAAGGCUCAUUCCUUGCAAGAGUUUUUGAAUCGAAAAAAGGGCUUGCCGGAUAUCAUUCCGGAUAUCAAGUUGCACGUGCGCCCCGCCCAGACCCAGCAAUUAGCCCAAGCUCUUUUAGAACGUGAGAAGAACGCUAAUGAGUUCUUUAAAUCCGAUGACGAAGCCUCGGACGCAGCUGCCGAUUCGGAUUAUCACCCGGAGAAAGCCACCCCAGUCUCGCCCCCCAAGGAGGGGCUUGAAGCAUCGCCACCCGCCGAUUCGGGGCAUAUAAGUGGUGACGAUUCAGCCUCCAACCAGCCUCCUCUAUCGCCCAGUGACACACCCGAGCCUACCCUGGCCGCAGUCGACUCCCACCCGUCGGAAGGCGUGGCUCUCCAGACUCAAACGGAUACACCGGAUGAAGGAACCGUGGCACCCCAAUCUGAUCAGACGGAAGAGGAGGCGCCCGAGGCCCAAUCAGAAAGUUUACGCUUGUUCUUGGAACCGGAUUCGCUCAGUGUCACGGAAGUCCCCUCUCCCCCUUUCACUGACCAAACCAAAGCUGAAAAACGAUUGGCUGCUCUCCAAAGCAAAUUUGGUUUGAGUGUUUUGAACACCAAACCGAAGCUGGACCACUCUGAUGCGGACAUCAUUUUAAGUGAAGGGCCACCGGGCGAAAAUAAGAGCUUAAAUGACCUACAAGCCAGAUUCAUCCGACAUGUGAUUGCCGAUCGAAAGAGCACGGAUAACAAACCCGAGCCGAAAGAAGUCAACUUAUCGAUUGUGCGCAAAGAGGUGGACGAAAACGGACAAGCCAUGUUAAAGAACGACAAUGUCAAAUACCAAAGUCAAGCGUUGAACUUCAAAGGCCUUAAAUCGGAAAGACCUGGAGCGCAGCAUUUAGUGUUGAAACAAACCUUGCGGCAAAAGAUUGAUGAGCGAAAACGUAUUGAACGCCAGAAACGAGAGGAAGUUUCCAGGUUCUUGGAGAAUGAAGAGGGCUUUGCUGAUGUUGAAGAUGAAGAAGAGGAGGAGGAGGAACUGUUGGAAGAUGACGAUGAUGACGAGGAAGAAGACGACGAGGAUGAUGAUGAUGAAUCUGAAGCUCCAGUGUCUGACGACGAUAAUGCAUCCGAAGUAGAGAAAUCCAGUUCGAAGAAAUCUCGUAUCCGGAGCUCGUUUUUGGACGAUGAAGCCGAUGAAGAGACUGACGACAUGGGCUGUUUGGCACUUGAGGAUGAUGUGGAGGAAACCGAGAAAGAUACUCAGGAAUUGCGCCCAAGCAGUCCCAAUUUCUCACAAUUGAUGGGCAGCAUUCCGGGGUUCAAACAAGCAAACAGUGAUGGUGGCUACUUGAAUACUUCGGACGCAAUUCCGCUCACUGCCAAUUCGUCCAAAGUUGGUGGUUUUGAGGAGUUAUUUGACAAAAAUGACCCGUCUGCGGUGCAAGAAAUGGAUUCCAUUAUUGGUCUGUGUUCGGGCGAAUUUGCCACGCAGAUAUCAUCUCAAGUUCCAUUGUCAGAAACGGAGAAAGAUACGCAACCUCUGUUGACUGCAUCAACUUCUGUGGCAACGAAUCUUUCCGAAACGGAGAAAGACACUCAAAUCUUGGAGACAGAUGACGGAGAGACAGAGCAACAACAAGCCCCUGGAUUCAUGGAAGAACAUGUCGGAUUUCUCUUGCAUUCGGAUUCCGAUGGCGAAGGUUCGAAUCAUCAAUCAUCGGUGCAAUUGAAGAAGAAAAGAAAGCGCACGGUUUUGUCGGAUUCCGAGAAUGAAAACGAACCGGAAGAAGUUAGCGAAGAGGAAGUGGAAAAUGACCUUGAAGACGAGAUCGUUAAUGGCCAUGAAGAGGUAAAUUACGACUCUGAAGAGAAUGAAAUCGAAGAGCCGAAAAAGGUUGCUAAGAAGUUGUUCAAUAAGAAAGGAGGUUUGCGAAGAGAGUUUGUUGAGAACGAAGCCGAGUUAUCUGGAUCAGAGCCUGAUUCGGGUGAUGAAGAUGAACACGGCCUGGAUCAAAUCGAACUGGAAGACGGCGAUCUCGAUGAUAUGGACGAGGAUGAGGUCCGUGAUCGAUUAGGACAAAUUCAUCAACGGCAAAUCUUGGACGAGGAUCGUCGGGAUGUUCGACUGUUGCAAGAGGCAUUCUUAGAGGAUGGCGAAUUUCAUAGCGACAAAGCGAGGGCGCGAACUUUUAAAUGGAAAGAUAUCGACGAGGCUGAAGAGCUUGAAAAACGUGCUAGUGACGAUGAAGCAAUGACUGAGGAACAAAAUGAGACCGAAGAGAAACGCCGGAUUGAACGCUUAGAAAGGGAGAAGUGGUUAGAAGAAGCCAAAGAAGUCAAGGACCGAAAAGACCCAGAUCCAGUGGAGAGUCAAUUUCUGGUCAUGGCUAAUCGUGCCAUGAAACGGCUAAACUCGAAACAAGAUACUUCCAUACAGGGCCCUGAUCCUAAGAAAGUCAAAUCCAUGCCUUCCCCCACACCCAAACUCCCAUUGCAAUCUCUGUCCAAAAAUCAAAGAGGGUCGUUUUUGUCGAGAAACACAAAGACCCUGAACCGUCUGGCUGAAAUUACCAAAGGCAAAAGUGAAGCUCGAAACGGAACUGGAGCUAAGAAUACAAAAAACUUUGUGUUUGCCGCUUUAAGUCCCAAGAAGGUGGCUGAUCAGAGAGAUGUUGAGUCGAAAGAACCCACUAAAGCGCAAUCUCGCCGUUCGGUAGCACCUCAAAUGAAGAAACCCAAGGUUGUGCGAAGCAUUGACGAGAACAGUGCAAACACCAUAUUUGGUUUCAUGUCCUGAGUCUUCUUAGUUAGUUAUUCGUUGUUUUAUCCCAAGUAUCAUGACGUGUCAAAUGAUAAUAAACUUAGUUUAAACUUGUG